AUGUCAAAUGCUUCUCAAUCGCUGACCACCACCACUGUUGGACGGGGAUUACUGGAAAGAGUGAUGUUUUGCACUCUGACCACCGUACCAUGCUGUGUGUUCCUCUUCAUUAAUGUGACCAUGUUAUUCACCUUGAGGAGUAAAUCUGUGUUUUGUGAAACUUCACGUUACAUUCUUCUGUAUAACCUGCUAUUUGGAGACACAGUACAGAUGGCAGUGAGCCAGUUACUGUACAUCAUUGCUGCUUUUAGAUUAAGGCUGACAUAUCCUGUAUGUGGUGUUCUUGUCAUGCUCACCAGUCUCACAAUUGAAAUAUCUCCUCUCACACUGGUGGUGAUGUCUCUGGAGAGAUAUGUAGCUGUGUGCUACCCAUUGAGGCACACUAUCAUCAUCACCAUCAGAAACACAGGGCUGGCUAUCGUUGUAGUUUGGACGCUCAGCUCAUUAAAUGUCCUCACUCGAGUUCUUUUGCUGUUAGAUUUUCCAUUUGAAGACCUGGAAAGUGAACAAAUGAAAGAUUUUUGUGCCAUGGAAAACAUGUUGCUUGGCCCCAUGUCUGAACAUUAUGACAAAGCCCACACUUAUUCUCUGUUUAUAUCAGCUAGUGUGGCAAUCACCUCCUCCUAUAUUGGUGUGAUAGUAGCAGCCAGGUCAGCCUCCACAAAUGAAGCUUCAGCCAACAAGGCCCGUAACACACUGCUGCUGCAUCUGGUGCAGCUGGGUCUCAGUCUCUCCUCAACUUUACACAACCCCUUUCUCAAAGCUAUCGCAAAGGUCUUAGACAGGAUAGUAUUGGUGCGUAUUCAAAUUGUUAUUUAUGUGUGUGUUGUCAUCUUUCCCAGAUGUCUGAGUGCUCUCAUCUAUGGUCUCAGAGACCAAACCAUCAGAUCCAUCCUUAUAUACCAUCUAUGCUGUCGAAUGAAACUGAAAGCCAAGGCUGAGGUCGCACCUUAA